UGGGUGCAACGAAUGUAGCUAGCCACAAUAAAUAAAGGAAACGUUAGUGAAGACAAUUUGGGCCGCUUGUCAUGGUCGACUCUGGAUGAGUUUGAAUUUCAUUCGAGACUUUGCCAGGAGAGUGCAGCUAGGCUAACUAACUAGCUAACGUUAGCUUGUUAGCGCUAAUUUAUUGGAUUUUGGCAAGUUAACCUAACCAGCGUUGCCGGCUAGUCUAGUUAGGUAACAUCAUAGAUUCCUUGCACAUCUAGGCUGUCACAUCGAUGUGGGAAUUGAGCCAGGCCCCUGACAAUCAGGGCCAUUGGAAUCGUCCUAACUCCACCCCUCCUUACGGUGCCCAUGUGGGCAAUUGUGAUUCUGCUCCAGACAACCAUGACUGACAUUCGCCGGUCACUGCUGCGUCGGGAUGCCCUGAGCGCUGCCAAAGAAGUGCUCUACCACCUGGACAUCCAUUUCAGUAACCAGCUCCAGAACACUGCCGCCCCAGUGGUGGACAAUGGAAGCGUCGAGUUGGUGGAGGAGUUUGUGUUCAACCUUCCUAAAGACCGGAGCAUGCAGCGAAAAAAGAUGACAUCACUGCAGGAGCUUCAGUUGCUGGAGAUCACAUGCAGCUACUUCCAGGAGCAGGGCAAAGACUCGCUCCGCCAGAUCAUCUUUGCUGCCCUCUUCAGCCCCCAGAGCAACAUGGCCGACGAUCGCAGGAUGGCCAUGCUGGGCAAACUGGUGUCCAUGGCCGUUGCCGUGUGCAGAGUGCCUGUGCUGGAGUGCGCCGCGUCCUGGCUACAGAGAAGCCCCGCCUCCCACUGCAUGCGGCUCGCCAAGGUCCUGGUGGAUGACUACUGCAACUCGGCACCCAGUCCAGCCUGUGCACUCAGGGACAUUGUUACUGUCAGCCCCCGGUUCUGUUGUCAGUUUAUCACUGCGGUUACUGCCGUGUAUGACCUCUCCUCAGAUGAUCUGAUCCCUUCCUCUGACCUGCUGGAGAUGGUGGUCACAUGGGUCCACGAUAACCCCCGCCUGACCCUGCUGACUUUCCUGAGCGCACCAAUGCCGUCCAGCCGACCCCCUGGCGCCCUGGAAUCCACCCCUCUGCUGGGGCUCGUACGCUGGUGCGUCAAGUCCCCCCUGGCCUACAAGAGACACAGGAAGCCCUUGCUGGCUCCCUGCCCAGGGGCCGCUCUUGCCUUGGGUCCUGCAGAGGGAGGCCGGGCCCCAGGGUCCCUGUACUCCAUGCUCCACCUCAGCGUCCUGCAGAUCCUGGUGUCCCUGCGGGCUGACCUCACAGAGCACCACCUGUACGGGCGCGUGGGGGUGCUGCCGCUGGAGCACGUGGCCAAGCUCGUCGGGGAGCUGGCCGUCCUGGUGGACCAGCUCAACCCUGGCGACGCUGCUGCUGAAUCCGAGCUCUCCUUGAACCGGCUGGCACAAGCCCUGCAGGUCGCCAUGGCAGCGGGGGCGCUACUCUGCUCCAGAGAGGACCUGAGGUGCCUUUGCUCCAGACUGCCAUACAAUAGCCUGCUUCAGCUGGUGAAAUCGGGCCCCUUCUUGCAGCCGCCACACCCUGAAUUCCAGCAGGAGUCGUACCCCCCUAUCCACGUAUCGACUGCACGCUCAUAACACACACUCCUGUCCUGCCUCGUUCACUGUGCUCUGCUCAUAACUCACACAUACCCCCCCUCCUCACAGUGUGUUCUGCUCAUAACACACACUCCUGUCCUGCCUCGUUCACUGUGCUCUGCUCAUAACACACACCUAACUGUCCCCUCGCCCAUCCCCCCCCCCCCCAUAGAGAGUUCUGCUCAUAGCUCACACUCCUGCCACACAUCACACACCAGAUUUUGCUCACAACCUGCAUCUCUGUCUUCUUUAGUGCCAGUGGUGGCCUUGCCUAUCCGUACUGCCUAGUAUGCAAACAUGGACCUGUAUCCCAAAGUCUGUGCUGUAAAGUACUUACAGCACUUUGAAGGAAAACGGGUUGACAGACACAUGCUACUGUACUUGUAGUGAAAACCACAGCAUUCCUAUUGCAGUGGUAUUAUUUGGAAAUCUUGGUUCAAAGUCCUCACCUGUUUGAAAGAGUAGUAAAACAAAAAAAUUUUUAGGACUGUUGAAAUUACCUGACAAUAUUUUUGUUUUAAUGUUUUUAUUUAUUUCAUUUUAACCUUUUUUAAAAAGCAGAAUGUUGUACUGGUUUGUAUGAACAGAAAUUAAAUAUCAGAAAUUGAAUGAAAGCACAACUUCUUCAUCUUGAAUAUACAUGAUACCAAGAGUUUAAAGUUUGUGAUUCGCCCAGUUCUGUCUCUUCAGUGUGUUAAAUUGUAUUUAACAGGCAUCAGUUUGAAUAAUUUUAAUAUAUAUAUGGGUCAGAACAGCCACUGAUCUCUGAAUGUACAGUACACACAAUUUUUUUAUUUGCCUUGUUUUACCUUUUAAAUGGUGCUUUCCAUGUAUGGUUUUUGGCAGGGAAAAAGGAUUUGAUAAUUCAGCAGAAGACAGUCAAGCAUUAUUACACCAUGUUUAAAUUAAGGAGAGCCGUGUGGCAUUUUGAAGGGAAAAAUGUUUAUGUACGUACAUAGUUUCAUUAGUUUAUUGUUUUCAUGAGCAAGGUUUUAGCACUCCUUUGAAGCCAAGGACAUAAUUUUAAGUGAAUGUGACUUUUUUUUUUUUUUACUGAUAUAUUCUACCUUAGUAAUUAUUUGGAUAAUGUCUCACUUCUUGGGCUACUGGGAAACACACUGGUUCAAAAUAUGUUCAGCUUGGAAACCAGACAAUAAACAUCGUUUGGUACGUUGAAAAUUAAUGUUAAUGUGUCUUUUUAAUAGUGAAGAUAACGCCUGUUUUUCUUACAAGUUAUAAUAAAAUGACAUACCAGA